AUGCGUUUCCUUAUGAGUGGUUGGAUACUAAAGGUACAGUUCAGAUGUUUAAGGUGUUCGUCCUUAUAUCUAUUUACGGUGGUUAUGAACGAGAACGGAAACAAACACAAGGCAGUGUAAUCCUUCGCUGACAGCGUGUAAAUUAAUAGGACCGUCAACGCAUGUGACCGUGGUGAGGCAGCCUUAACCUUCCAACUUCUUUCCUUCUUUUUUUUUCUUCAAAUGUGGCGCAGGUACUACGCCAUCAUGUACCCGCUGAGCUUCCGGUGGACUCGGCGUCGUGGACCGCAUAUAAUUAUGGCCAUCUGGAUGGUGGCAGGCCUGCUGUCCAGUGUGCAGCUUGUCUACGGUCGCGCCAAAGAAUUCACCUGGGCCGAGGAAACGUACUACGACUGCACCGAGGACUGGGAGGCCAAUGCCGGGAAGGUGUACACGGCAGUGAUAUUCACGGUGACCUUCCUGACCCCCAUGCUGGCACUGACGUUCACCUACUCGUCCAUCGGCUGGAAGAUGUGGCGCCACACUUCCCCGGGAAACGCUGACCCCCAGAGGGACCAGCAACAGCUCUCAGCAAAAAUGAAGGCGAGUUGCAUGGCUGUGCGUUCCUCUGAUCGCAUCGCCAAUCUUGAAACAUCGGCUUAG